AUGUUUAAUCAGACUAAUGCUAAUAAAUCAGCUACUCGAAGUGCAUCUUACACGCUCGCACCGCCGCGCAAGAUCCCGUCGCGCAAGUCCACCAAACGACCAAGUCGGUCACCGACCCGGCCAUGCCGGGCGAAUUCCCCCUCCGACGACGCGCCCCGCAAGGACGACGACGGCCCGCCGCCGGAGAUCUCGUUCAACGCGCUCUGGACCGGCAUCCGCCAGUGGUUCGGCGGGCUGGUCCCCACGGCGUUUGAUCGGUUCGAGGCGUUGGUGCAGUGGCUGGUGGAGCGGUACCUGCCGCCGGCGCGGCAGGGCGCGCUGUUCCAGGCGGCGGCAGACCGGCCGAUCUCAGCCACGUUUGUGGUUUGCCAGGCGAUAUGCUGCGGGGUGCCGCUGCUGGUGUUCCUGGCGGGGGUGUUUGUGUUUGCCGCGGUGUCGCUGCUGCUGUGGGCUGUGCUGUCGCUGCUGGUGCUGGGACCGGUGUUGUUGGUGUCGAGUAUGAUGGGAGUGUCGCUGUGGGGAUGGGGGUGGAUUGCGUUUGCCUUGGUAAAAUGGGUGGACCAGACGUUUUUGGGAGGAUUGCUUUCGAGGUUCUGGUUGCCGGCGGUGCAGGAAGAAGGUAGUGGCGAGGGUGCAAGCGAGGGAGGAACUGGAAAGGAGAAAGAGGAAAAGGCGGAAGAGGAAAAGAAGGACAGUUGA